AUGGCUGCCAACACAGCUGUUCGCAUGAGUUGGAUCAAAAAACGGCUUAUUUCCAAACAUAUCGCAGGUCUAAUGUUUUUUUCCAGUGAUUUAUCAAGUCUAACAGAUUUGGUUUUUUAUUUCGAAAUUCUAUUUACUUUUAUCAGUAGGUGGAUUCAGGUUGUAUCGAUGUUUCUCCUUGGCAAGCAGUCCAUUGAACUCCACUCUUCAAGAACAUCUGGGUAAUAGGAUCAAGGUAAAAUUUUUCGAAUGUUUUAUUAGCAGAAAGGUCUAUGUUCUUACACAGCUUGAAGGCCUUAUUGAAAUGUGGAGAUUACUAAUAAGUUAAAUCUAAAAAGUAACAUAAUGAUUUAUUUAUAUUUAUAAAAUAACUGAGAUAGUACGCGUGAUCUGAUCGGUCAAAAACCUAUGGUUUAUUAUACCGGUAAACCCAUAGAAAAAGGCAUCCGGACCACGAGCCAUAAACAAAACCGGAUUGAUCUGCAAACAACGAUUUUAGAACGGCUAAAAAACAGAACAAGUUACUUACCCAGCCCUUCUUAAUAUUAAAAAGCGUUGGUUUCCACAUUUUAUUACUGAGCCUCACAAUUCGCUACUGCCAUAGCUUUAGAAGUUAUAAAGUACAACAAAGCUGGAAAACAGUUUACAUUUCACGACGAUGCCAAUCGCAGAGAAAGACAACAACUGAGUGAAUUUCUGGUGUAGAGAGUCUCUAGGAAAACUUAACCAUGUGCCAACCAGCAACAAAACGGAUAGUUUUAGCAUUCUUGAUUUAUUUUAUGUCAAAAUUAAAUUCCUUAAUGAAAGAAAUUGUUCCAAAAAGAGAUCUCUGAUCAAGAUAUGGUACAAAAUCGCCCGCUGUAGGUUCAGUAAACAAGCUGCCAACGAUGAUGAAAGAUGUCAGAGUUUCGGGCUGGUUUUUUCCAACAUUUGCAGAAAUUAUUCGGUGAUAUCGAUGCCAUAACCUACCUCAAACCACCUGACUUCACGAAUCGACAAAUAUUAACGCCAAUAUGUGGCUACGGCAAAGAAACCUUUGACCACUGACAUAUUUCCAUCGGUCGCUGUACGUGCAUAUAAAGUUACAUGCGACAACUUCGCAAAUGCAGCCACGUCGUUACCGCAGCAUUUCUUGAUCAUUGUAAAGUCCAGAAAACAGAUCUUAAACCACUGCGGCUUGUAAAAAGUGAAUGAAGUCCUCCAUUACAAUAGCUGUCAGUUCCGUCUGUAACAAUGAAAUUCUUACGGAUCGACUCAACAAAAUACAGCUGCGUACAGUCUGAUGUCCAAUUAAUUUCUACUUCUGUAGUAAACAAACCAUGAACUUAUUCUUUCAUUCUAUGUUCGCAUGAAUUUGUGUUGACUUUUCCUAUAAAACAGCUUUCAUAUAAGUUAUCAUGUAAUGAGUGCAAAAACUCGUGUUUUGAAGUGCUGCUGUUUGUUGUUUGACUGAACUGAGUUUUCUGAGUUUUGAGAAAGUUCAACGCUAUUAAAUCGAGAGUUAUGAUUGGCUUAUGAUCACUUUAGAGAGAAGAUGUGACUUGAUCACGGUACUAAAACCAUAUUUUUUACCUAAAAGACUCCAUUCUACUAGAAGUUAUUUUAUAAAAGCAAUAGACCACACUUUCUAUGGGUUUACCGGCGUGAUAACCCACUUGGGAUGUUGUGAGAACACUCGAAAAGCUUGUAAAUCACUCGCCUUCGGCUCGUGAUUUACAAGCUUUUCUCGUGUUCUCCCAACAUCCCGCGUGGGUUAUCACGCCGGUAAACCCAUAGAAAGUGUGGUCUAUUGCUUAAAUAUCAGCUGGGAAAAUUGACUGAGGGACAUCCCACUCUUUAUGCAGGUAUUAAUAUUGAGAGAUUAGAUGGAGAGCGGGGGUGGGGGAGGGUUCGGGCAUAGGUGUGGCAUUCAAAAACUUCCUUUGUCCCCUCUUUGGGGAUUUAAACCUCAAUUUUUUCCCCAAACUGCAGUUUUGUUAACCCCAGAGAGGGAUACUUUAUUACUGGAAAUACCUGUAUUGCAACACCUAGUGAAGCUAGAACAGGGCAGCCAUGUGAAUAAAACUGAAACCAGCCAAUAGGUAAAAAAACAGAUGGGAAAACAAACAAAGAAACACACAAAAAUAAAACAGGGAAAAUUAAAAUUUUCUAGGCUGGAAGUCGGACCCUUGAUCCCCCCCCACGACCUACAACGUGUAAGGUCAUCUCCUAGAGGACUGCGCCACCUCUGCAAGUGUUAAAUAGAGGAGGUAAAUUAUUAUCUUUAGCAUUUUCCCCCAUGAAAUUCUGCCAGUAGGAGCUGUUUGAAGCUGGUGGAGCUGAGUUUAUCAAGAAUUCAAGGAUCUUAUGCUACCCCCUGCCCCCCUUGUCCAAACAUCGAUACCCGCAUUAUGUUCAAAAACAAUACUGCUACCCUUUUGAGACCAAACAGCAAAUAAGUCUACCCUAUUCCAGACUACUGAACAACUAUAAAUUAGAAACUCCAAUUCUUUAUACCACUUUUCAAUUCCAAAACUUGAUGCCGGUCCAGAUCUCUGCAUGAUUUCUAAAUACUAACCCCACUAACUGUUCCACUACCCUAAACCAAAAGUCAAGCCUUCACUUUGACCUAAUAUAUAAUGAGGUCUUCUAUUUAUAUAGCCUUCCAGCAGGCUCAAUUGUUUGGGGGCAUACAUGAGUAUCUUGGCAGCAGAGCCGGCAAAGCUUGGUGAGAAGAAUGGCCGCCAAGAUACUCGUGGGUGACCCAAACAAGCAAGCCUGCUAAAAGGCUACUAUUUAUGCAUCAGAGGUCAUGGCCAGAUGGCCAGGAGGACUACUAUCCUUGGCUUUAUUAGCCCUUAUUCUUCACGUAAGUUUGGAGCUAUCUGUAGUGAUAAACCAGUCUUUGCAUUCACAGGCAUCAGGUCCACUAACAGUUGCUGCCUUUAUGCAAGAAGUCUUGACAAAUCCACUGUCAGUAAGUUAAAGUGCACAACCUGUUUUUUGUAUGUCAUGCUUGCACCCGUCUAGAUGAUCAUUGCAAUAAACUUAUUUUGAUUCCAUUUAAUCUUUGUGCCUUUACUGUUGUGGUUAUAAAAAUUUAUUCCUAGAGACAAAUAAAAGACAAUCAAACCUCCAUGUGCAAUCACUUCUUGUAAGCAUCCACCUCCCAGAAAUGACCUCUUAUCCAAAACUCCAAAGUUUUCCCUCUUUACGUCCAAUCAUUAAAACUUUUGAUAAUGACCACCUUUCAUUAAGUGAUUGCAAUCACUAUUUGGGCUGACAGUUUUUGAUUUUCCAUUGAACUCUUUGUGACUGCUUUUUUGUUAUAUUUUCAUGCCAGGGGUACUACAUGAACAGUGAUGUGUUUGGUCAGGCUGGGGAUUUUAUUACAUCACCUGAAAUUAGCCAGGUUUUUGGAGAGGUACAGUAUCAGGGAAGUGAUGCAUUAUAUCUGCCAACUUUUUCUGAGAUAUAAGCAUGAGAUUUUUAUCAUGGGAGUGCUGGGAUUUUUGAAGACGACGCGAUCAUUUCCGAAGAUUCCCGAAGAAGUCCGAAGUCUUCUGAAGACGUCCAAAGUCUUGCGAAGACGUCUGAAGUCUGCCGAAGGCGAAGUUAUCAAAGUUAUCCCAGUCUCAGUCUUAGGAUGUGUAUAAACGCGAGCUCGCUCCCAGUGCUUUUCACUUCAAAAAUCAUAGAUCGCGACGAAGGUAUUGUCAUUUACUCAUUUUACACAUGGUUUUCGUUCCUUACAUGGGUCUGAGUGAACAUAUCUUUGAAAAUUGUGUCAAGCAAGACCGCAACAUCUCACAUUUUUCAAUCAGGUGUGAGAAAUUGGCCCACAAGCGUGAGCCGGUGUGAGAUUGACGUUUUCAACCCACAGGUGUGAGACUCACGCCUAAGGCGUGAGAGUUGGCAGGUAUACACACAAUAAGGCUCCAUCUAUUUGUGUUGGAACCUAAAUAAUAUUAUUGACCUUAGGUUUCAUCUCCAUUUUAACCUUUUCACUCUCAAGAAAAUCACAAUAUUGCAUCAAGUUUGAGAAGUAUCGUUAGGUAUCAGUAAUACUCAAAAACUAAUACCAUGUGAAAAUAGGGCUUUAAAAUGGUUUAUUUCAUCAGUUCAAAGGUCACAUGGACGUUUGGAUUUUACCCUUUAAGAUUCCAUUUAUUUUACCAUGUACAAUAUCAAUAUUGUAAGCCACCAUAUGAAACUACUUGCUAGUAAGAGGUUUCACUUGAAAGGUCACACCAAUCCAAAGGAUUUUGUUUUAGUAUUAACUGUGUUUUUAAAGCUUGUAGGUGUAUGGUUUGUAAACCAGUGGAUACUGUCAGGAAAGAAGAAAGUCCAGCUAAUUGAGCUUGGACCUGGGAGAGGAACCCUGGCUUCAGAUAUGUUGAGGGUUAGUAAUUAAUACUUAAAUGCGAUGGUUGACCAAACUUUCAUUGGGUUAAUCACCCUUUAUAUACUAAGCACUUAUUCUUCUUAGAGCAUACCGUGAAAUUCUGAAAAUACACCCCUUCCCAUUUUUUAAACCCCUCAAAUUCCAAAGACAAUAAAAUGGCUUCUGCAAACUAAAAAGCACCAGGGAUCUUUCAAAUAAUGGGAAUUGUCUUUGAGAAACCCUAUAUCAGACUGCGGUUGUUCAAAAGCUGGAUAGCGCUAUCCACUGGAUAAAUCACUAUCCACACGGCAGAUAAGUAUUUGGGAAACCAAUUACACUAUCCACUGAAUAGAGAUUUAUCCAUCGAAUAGCGUUAUCCACCUUUUGAACAACUGGGGGCCGGAAUGAUACCAGAUAACUUAUCUGAUAAGGGUGUCAUGUCAUGUGAAUAUUGCUGUUUUAGGUCAAUUCUGUGCUGGAGUCAUCACUUAAUAAUUACUCAACCCAUACACAAAAUGCUACCUGUAGAGUUAUGAAGAAAUCACUAGGAAGCAAUUAUCAGGAACAACUUAGCGUGAUAAUUUUUUAGUAAUGUUUCAGUUAUUUUUGCAGGCAUGGCAUCAAAACUUAAAAAAAGUUGGAGCAACCUUUCCGAGUUUCAAUUGAUGUCCAUCUUUUGCAUCCAUUGCAACAAAUAACAGGAAACAGUUUCAAUCUGUAAAAUAUAGUCCAAACAACCAAAUUGGACUCUCUUUAUUUUGGGAAUUCAAUUGAUCAUGAUGAGAAAAAAGUCUUAGGUUAUCAAAAAUAAAGCAAAAAGGUUGACAUUGCCCCUUUGAGCCUUGUAGUGCGCUAGAUGUGAAAGAAUACAUUAGCACUGUUGUUGGUUACGGCCUGGCAUGCUUGUCAUCUUGCACAGGAGUAGAAAGUGUAGUUUUUGUCUCUCACUUAGGGUAUCAGGGCUGCAAAUAACGGCCGGUCAACGGACAAUGUCCGGUCAAAAAUAGGUUUUGUCGGGUCAAAUCCUUAGAUGGCCGGACAAUUUCAGGUCCGGUCGUCUAGGCUGGUAAGGAAAAAAUUUAGAGUUUCAAGUUUUAAAUAUUUAAAGGUUCAAUAUUAUUGGCGUUUGUGAAAAAGGAGGGGGAAAGAUGGAUACUUAACUACCAGACCAAAAUUUCCGGCUGUCGUGGCUUUGUCAUUCACCAAGUCGUCACCGCAAAUUAGCGGGUCUUACAAAUGUGUACCAGUCACGGGUGUGAAUUACUUGUUUCAUAUUUAAACAUCAUGUGAAGGGGUGAGGGGAUACUUUUAUAGCGAUAAGACGUAAUCGAUGUUUGUCCGGCCAAAAAUGGGAUAUGUCCGAGCAAAAAUAGGUUUGACCGGACAAUUUGACCGGCGCUAGCCGGGAAAUUAUUUGCAGCCCUGGGAUAUCCAGGAUGGAAAGCCAGUAUUUUUAUCUAUGUAUUGUGGACCCACUAAAGUGGGUCUUGGUAAGGAAAGGGUGAACCCUUUAAGCCCCAAGAUCCACAUACAAAUUCUAGAGACUGAUCUCCAUACAUUUCUUUUAAGAAUAGUUGAGAGAAUUUGGUUUAAGAUCAAAGUAUUCUCCCUUUGGUAAUCAAUUUAGUAAUUCUCAUAACCUUUACUCUUGAUGAUCUUGUAAUGUUGUUAGGAGAAAAUUGAUGUUGGUCAGUCUUGGGAAAUAAAGCUUUCAGGAGCUACACCAAGAUUGGUUUCCUCUAGGGGUUUGACUCUCAUAUAAAAAAAACUGCAUCUAGCAUUCAUAUUACUGUUUUCUUUUUGUUGAAACAGGGAUCUAAGGAAAAACUAAGCAGGUUUUUUUAAAUAUUUAUCCAGCCAGCUUUUUUACUUUAAGCUAAUUCUUCAAAAUUAUCUCAUUUCUUUUGUUUUCCAGAGUAAUUUGAGUGGGUGGUGCGGAAUCAGCCGGUGAAAAUUAGCCGGCCACCAGCUCUUAGCGACAUCCCUCUUGAAAUAACGUCAUGUAUAUUUUUAUUGUUGUUGUUAUGUAUAUAAUUAAUGUCUAACCGUGGGCAAAGUUUAUGUUACACCACUCACUAACAACCAAAUAGUCCUACUCAGUAAAUCAACACUAUUGCCUGAUGAAGACUUGCAAUACAGUGUACGCUGUCAAAAAAGUCCCAAUCAAUAUUUACUGAAGUGACUGAUCAUGAGGCAAAUAAUAAACGAACCCUUUAUACAAUGCAGUCCAUGCAAUUUUACAAAGUUGAACAAUUGUUUUGAUGUUAGGUAUUCCAAAAGUUUCCUGAGCUGCAUGGUAAACUUUCUUUACACCUUGUUGAAGUAAGUCCAGCUUUGAGUAAAAUCCAAGAACAGACACUGACUGGCAAAUUACCAUCCAUUAAAGAGGGCAAGAAAGAAGGACAAACUGAUGCAACAGAUGAAAAACUACAGGCAAACGAGGUACAGCACAAGAUCUUAAUCUUAAAAGUCCCAGGGUGGGGGGACUUCGCAUAUGAAAGGGGUGGGGAUGCUUGAAUUAAACCCCUAAAGGAGACCAAUCAGGCGUGGCCCAAACUUCAUAUGUGGACCCCUGCCCCCCGGUUAAUAGUAUCUCAUUCUGCAACAACUUACUUAAAAAUGAAAGUAAUUGUUAUUAAAACCUCUUACAUAAUGAAAAAUUGCAAUUAAGUUAUUCAUUUUGUUUUAGCACUUGCAUUAAGAUAUAGUUUUAAAGCAGUUGACGAUGACGAUGACCGGAAAUUAAAAUUAACUAGCAAAUAAUAAUUGCCCUGUCUUCAUUCUUCACUAUCCUCUAUUAAGUAUGUCAAGAAAUUAUUUAAUAUGUAAAAAAUACUCCAGAGUGAUAUGACCUUAAUUUGUUAUUUUUAGCAUAAUAGAUGGGAUAUGCAUCAGAUGCAUGGUGAUGAAUGUAAACCUUUGACAAGACUUGUUCGUGGGACAAGCACAUUUUUAAUAGAAAAAGUACAAAAACAGUUGAAAAUUGACUUCAAAUUACAGUAGAAUUUAUCUUAUAGUCAUGAAAGCAAACCUCAUACUUGACUAAAUAAGGUUAAAUAUUCCUAACUUUGCCAUUCUGCAACCAUUUCAUUUGAUUUAAUGAGCUCCAUUUGACUUACAAACCUGGCAAAACUUUUUGGACGAGAACUCUUGGGUAUGGGACAAGCAAAUUUAAUAUAGUGCUUGUCCGAGGGACAAGGCUGGCAGGUUAAUCUUUUAUUUAAGCAAUAUCUUUCUUUUUUCAUGUUGCUAAAUGUAAAGAAAAAAAAUUGUGAUUUCAAUUUUAGGAUAUGUCAGCACUGUGUUAUAGAAGGUGCAUAACACAGGAUGAUAUUCCCGUGGCAUGGUACAGAGCAGUUGAGGAUAUCCCUGUUGAAGGAAACUGUUUUUUCUUGGCUCAUGAGUUCUUUGAUGCUCUUCCAGUUCACCAAUUUCAGGUUUGUUUGUAUGUUUCACUGUCGUAAGUAGUUCGAACCCAGAAGUCAUAUGAUUGUCUGGAGUAGUGUUCCAGAGUUUACCAUGAAUGGGACUCUUCGUGACACAGGGAGCCUGGGCUGUGUGAACGGUUGAAGGGGGUGUGUUGUACUCGAUGUUUACCAUAAUUAUGUUCAGGUAAAUUUUGAAUGCAACACCCUUCAAAUGACUAAAUUCACUGUUAUCAGCUACACAACAUUUCUGGCAGUACAUAAGUUUAUUAUAAAUUCAAUCAUGAACAGUCACACAGUUUUUCUGGGAUCUGUUGUGAACGAUCUAGUCGGCAAAUAAUGGAAGAUUACAACGGAUUCAACCUUGGAUGAUGGCUUUAUCUCGCCUACACGAAUCGUGGUUCCUAAUCCUAUAGUCAGGCGUUCCAUUGCCCUAUUCAGGGGGAGUCUGGGUCCUAAUACACAACAGGAUCCUUUGUUGGUGAUGGUCACUGACUCUUCAAUAGCCUGUGUGAAAGUCAUGUAACCUACUCACAGGCCUGUUUUCUCACUCUUGAGUGCGCGUGUAAGGAAAUAUAUAACUAUGAACCGCGGAGAUUUAUUUACAGCAAAACAAAGAAGAUUUAAAAAAGGAUUCCUGAUCGCUAGCGCAACAGAAGUCACCGUGACGGUCCAAGUGAAUUGUGAAUUGUGAAGUGUCAAAAUGAUCCACAACUCACUUUUACUCCAACAACAACUUCUGCACAGGUUGUUGCGAAAACGUUUUUUCAAGUUUAAUUGCUGUGUCUGCAAAAAUCACCAACAAAAUAUUUUGGUUAGGGCUCCAUGAUCAGGCUGUGUCGCAGACGCUCUAAACCUUCUAUAUAGAGCGGACUAUACAAAUGGUUUUGACGAGUGCGUGGGCCGGCUGCAACGCAGGCUAUCCAUGAUGAAAUUCAUUUAACACGUUCUUUAUAACUCUACAGGACCAUUUUUUUUGUAUGGGUAAAGACACUUAGUAAUGACCCUUGGCACAGAAUUGAUCUAUAACAGCAAUAUCCUGGUUACAUAGUCAAUUUAAGGGGAUACAAGGAUGGGUGCUGGGACCCCAGUAUCGGAGGCGUGUGUCCUGCGAUCAAUGUCCUGCAAAAAGCUAGGAUCAACAUUGUCAAAUUCUCCGCAUCAUGUGUAGCAUAUAAUUUGACGAAUUAUAUUUAUUGUUUGUUAUCUUUCAGAAAACAGAUCAAGGUUGGAGAGAAGUUCUUGUAGAUGUCGAACCAGGCAGUGGGUUUGUAAACUGUUAGUUUAUUGUUUUCAGGACUUAUAUUUACUAUUAUUUUUAAAGUUUAUGAAUUUCAUGAUUGUAUUGAACUUGCUAUUGGUUUGUCGGCGUAAUAAGCCACACAAGAUAUUCGCUAGAAGAAAGAAGAGAUGGGAUUAAACAAAUUUAAACUUUUUCUCAGCGUUCUCAAAAAUUUUGAAGCGUUCGUUAAACUUCGUUAACUUUGUUGCAUCUGUAUAACUCGUCUACAUCUCGCUGAUUGAGCUCAAAUUUGUUGAGGAAAAAGGCUGCCUGUGACCAUAUGACUAACGUGAGAUCAGGCCCAAUUUUAGCGGUUCUCAUACAUUCUCUCUAACGGCUACCGCUAAUUUUUGUUUCGCCUUGCCCGCCGGAAUGUUAUUACAAAGCGAAACGAAAAUUGAGCCUGAUCUCAGGUUACCAUUUGACCGUCUUGGCAUGUAUGGUCUCAUCAGUGUUUCUGAAUAUGACUCAACUGUGGAGGAUUUGUUUGAUCGGGGCAUUAGUCUUGACGAAACGCAACUCAGCGUUUCUUAAUCAGGAACUGUGUUUUUUGUCAGAUAGAUAUACUCAUUUGGCUUUAUACUCAUUUAGCAGGAAUUUCUUUUGCAUUAGUUUUCUUCAUGAGUUAUUUAUCAGUUAAUUAGGGUUUACUGUUCUAAAUUAGGCCCACACUUAACUGAGAAGAUCACUUGUUUCCAUCAAUGUUUAUAAGCUUAUCAUUUUUAUUAGUUCCUCCUUACUGAGGUUUAUCCAAGACCCUGGCUGCUCACCUAACCCUUAAUGCAAAUUAAAGGCCUCACUCAUGAUUCAUUUUUAGGUCCCCUGGACUUAGAUUUGUCUUAGCUCCUGGCCCCACAUUAGCCUCACAGACUUUGGUCCCUCCUGGAACAUCGUGGAGCCAGAUAGAAGUGUGUCCACUUGGUGGGUCUGUUGUGGAACAUAUGAGUGGUGCUAUAGCAAAGCAAGGGGGAUGUGCCCUGAUUGUUGAUUACGGUGAAGAUGGAAGCACAAGACACACUUUGAGGGUAAGUGGCAGCUCGGCAACCUUUGGUAAUCUUCGGCUCACAAUUCUACGGUGAAUAAUACGGAAACCGGUCGAUUCCUCUGGAAGCUGAUUUACACGAACUUUUGGGAACGGCCUUAGGAACGCGACAACGGGUCUAGUAAUUUCAAACGUAAGGACAAACUUCCUUAAAUGUUUCUGUAGGCAUAGGGGUGCCAUACUUUGGCAUAUUAACCUGAAGUGAGAGGCUUUUCUUGCCAAAAGCCACACAUGAAAACUUGUAUAAUUGUCUGUGGCUAGGGUAUGAGUAAACUGAAAAGUCUGCACGAACCCAAUGGCUAUUCGCCUGAGCAAACGUCCUUUCGCCUGCCUGUAGGCAGUAUCUGGUGGAUUGCAGUCAAUUUUAAGUCUUAAUUGUAACUACAGAAUACCCUUUGAAAUCAAUUCCUCUUUGCGUACUUCGAUACUCAGCUUGCGGUGGCUAAUUAAUUGAUGUUUGAAGAACAUAAAAUGUAAUAAUCAGUUGACGUAGGUUCAGACAAAAAAAUGUGUUGAUGAGCCGGUCAAUAGGCUCGGCGAAUUCAUAAAAGAACAGGCGAAUCGCUUUUAAGCAAAUUGCCCUUGGACGAAAUGGUUGCAAACUUCUAAACAAUUCUCUCUUUAAUCUUCAAUUUUCGCUCGGGAAAUAGCAACUGUUUUUCUAGACUAAUAUACAAUAAAAACCGGCAAAUAAGAACCCGCAUGUUUCCUAGAUAUCCUUAACAGUUUCUUACAUAAAUGGUAAUUUGCACACAAAUUUAGUCUAUUUAGGUCCCUAAAGAAGUCUUUAUUUUCAGAAGAAAACAAUACAUUGUAGCUGAGAGUAUUUGGUGGUAUUCAGCUCGAUUUUCAGCUCUGGAAUUUACAUUGCAGUUGGAGUGAUAAGGCACCUAUGUGAAUAUGGCUCUAAAGAGGAUCCUAAAUGUUGACUUAUGUUAUUUGCCCAAGUGUGCAGAAUUUUUUUCGCAGUUUUUAAAAAAUAAGAACCUGUUUCAAAUUUUAGGCUAAACAGACUCUUGUAUAGAGAGGGCCUAACUGGCAAAUUUUCGCCUAACAGGUUCUUAAAAACCAGGUUCUUCCUCGAGGGUUUUUUACUGUAUACAGUUAUUAUGUAUUUUCAGGCAUUUAAAAAACAUAAAUUACACGAAGUUCUGCACGAUCCUGGCAGUGCUGAUGUGACGGCCAAUGUUGAUUUUGCCUACCUGAGAAGCGUUACGCGUGGAAAAGGUUGGCAUUAAUUUUUCUCUCUCUCUUUUAUUUUUUCGAUUCGGUGGAUUUUCCAAAUAUAUACUUCCCUAAUAACAAAUACUGUGAAAAAUGAAACCGAUUCAUUUUAACGAAAAUUGUUAAGUUUCUGGCUUGAAAGAAGUUGCUAAUAACCGUGAUCUGGAAUUAGCGGCCGGAAGGGUUAUAUCAUCUUUGGAGUCGAGAGGAAGACACUAACUCGAAGGGAAGGGGGGAGGGGGUGGGGGUGCUUAUCUCUCUAUUCUCAACAUGGCAUUUGUCUUUGUUUUGAAUAAGACAAACUAAAACAAGGGGUACAUGUACACCAACCCACGGCCUGGCCAGUACCUCACGCAUGCGUACAGCCAUAUCACCCGGGCAGUGGCAGCAAUGGACAACUGUUUCGCCCUCGCUAGGGCUCAUCAGCAUGGCAUAGCCGUCGGGUCAUUGAACGGGCGAACCCGUGUCUCAAAGACGGCUGUGCGCAUGCGUGAGGUACUGGUCAGGCCAUGGGUUGGUGUAUGAGUAAAUGAACGAAAACAAACAGGAAAACUAGAACCUUCUUUUUUCAGUAUGUACCCAGAAGUGUGUGUGUGGUGCGUAUUCUUGGCUUUGAAAGUUCUGUUGUAAGUAAGUUCUUUCGGUAUCGCCUCAAUUUGCUCGCCAAUCGAAAUGGAGAGCUUGAUCGCAAGCUAACGACGCGACGGUAGUAAAGACGGCGCGCGCAGAUGCGCUUAUUUGAUACUAGUGUACUAACGCAAUAGUACGGAAAGAAGACGGCAAACCGUGCGUGACAAGCGUGACCGAUAAUUUGUUUGAAAAAGUUUUCCGCCAAACCUCAUUUUCUGUCAAACAAAUCUUUUUGUAAAAGACCGGAACACAUUAGUAAUAUGUGAAGUUCACGACAAAACACUCAAGUAAUAGCCCUGUCACGUUUGUCACACACAACGUUUUGCCGUCUCCUCUGAUAAACUCACAAUGUUUACCCUUAAGAGGGUCGCUAGUAUGAAGUGGGCGCUUAUUUAAAGAAAAGGGCUAAUUAGAGCAGUUAUGUUAAAAACUGUAGGUAAGUUUUAAUCCCAAUCUUUGAUUUAAAACUUCACAGUUCAGACGUUCGGACCAGUGACACAAAAGUCAUUUCUUCAGCAAAUGGGUAUCGAUGUGAGAAUGAAAGUAAGUGAUUUAGUGAUAGCAGGGGUGUAUGCAUUCUGUCCUGGCACUGGACACAGUCUUAUAAGAGGUUGAAAAACCAAUGAAGAGCUUGGUUUAAUUUCUGACUUUUUUAUCUUGCUCCUUUCUAAGGUUCUUCUUCAAAACGCGAAUCCCACUCAAGCAGAGGAGCUUCAAAGCGGCUACAGAAUGCUGACAAGUAAAUCAGAGAUGGGAGAGAAAUUUAAAAUGUUUAGUCUAGUUCAACACGGUCUUCCGCCACCAGCUGCUUUCGCCUUUUAAAACAGCACAGAGGUUAGGCAUCGCGGGUACUGCCAACUAUAGAAAUCUCCUUCCAAGCGAGUGGUUAUAUAUUCGACGAUGGUAACAAAGAAAGAUACGUAUUUAUUGAUUGAAAAAAGAUUUUUUCUUUUUAAAAGUUAAAAACGGCAAAAGUUGUAAAUGACUGGAAAAACAGUCACGUUACCAUUUAGUCUACCGCUGGCGUUUUGAACAUCGUGGGUUGUCUCUCUAAUAACCAGGAGAAAAGUAGAGAUGUUUAAUUUGUGCGUGACAAAAAUGGCCAAAAAGGUACAUUGUGCACGCUAGCGGAGACUUGCCGGGAGGAGCUGCAGUUCUACAGCGUAGCUGCUUCGCGCAGGAAUUUUCGUGAGUGGCGAAUCAAUUUUCCCUUUUCUAUAGCAGCGAUACUAUUUCAAGACACUUUGAACUACGUUAUUGAAUGUGUUUCUACUGAAAACCAGGAAAUCAGCAACCCAGUAUCGAAUCCAGGCCUGUCAUGUGCUUACCUGUCUUCCUUACCACAACGCUACCAAACCCUCGGCGGCGAAGUCCUCAGUAUUUUGACUAGUUCACCUUUUAUCUCCAAGUGCAAAACCCCACCAGCUACACAGGCUAGACACACUAUAGCUAGCAUUUUCUAUGUAAAGUUAGCACGGUUUUUCUUCACCACAAUCUCAACAGUACAUCACGAUCACCGCACAAUCCCUUUAUUUAAUCAUCGUGGGGAGCAUUCGAGAACAGCUAAUUAAUAAAGCCGUGAGUGAAAAUUCGUAAGGAAACUAAAUGUAAAUACAUUGGCAAUAGCAUUAAAAUAUUCUUGAGCAC